UGUUUUUCAACAGUAGGUUAUCUGCUGCAGUAAUAAGAAUCGUAUCUGCGGUAAUUAAACUUUCAGGAAAAUUAGGUACUUAAAGUAAUUACUGAUGAAUGUCAGCCUUUAUAAUUAUAUUUGUAUGUUUUCUUUGUCAGUCUGAACGUAACUCUAUAAUGGAGGGAGUUUGUGGAGCUGCGCAGUCUUCAGACAUGCAGGUUCGAGUUGCAGCGCUACAAUGUCUACUAAAGAUUAUGUCUCUCUAUUACGAAUACAUGGAAACAUACAUGGGGGAGUCAUUAAUUCCGAUCACCGUGGAAGGUAUGAAAUCAGUUAUUGAUGAGGUUGCGAUACAAGGCAUUGACUUCUGGUCCGUCGUGAGUGAUCAAGAAAUGGACUUGUACUUAGGGGACUAUGGUGUGAGACGGAUACGCCAAAGGUCUUGUACGUUCUAUUUAAAUGGAGCACUACAGUUUGUUGUUCCUGUUUUAUUGCAGAGACUUACAAAGCAGGAGGAAUAUGAUGGGGAUGAUUGUUACCCCAGUAAAGCAGCGGGUGUAUGUCUCAUGCUGCUCGCUACAUGCUGCGAAGAUAAUAUUGUGCCAUUUGUUCUCCCCUUUAUCAAAGACAACAUCAAAAGCGCUGAUUGGAAGUUCAGGGAUGCUGCCCUCAUGGCUUUUGGACACUCACUUGUAGAUCUCAGCAGUCCUGUGCCACAGAAUAUACUUGGGUCUUCAGAUCACUUAGCUCCCAGCAGCAUUCCUAUGCAAUAUACUUCUGACAGUGACAAUGAAGAUGAUGUGCCACUAGUGAACAGGUUUGGAACCAAUGUCAUUUUCUGGCAGAAGCAUAUUAUGCCACCGGAAGUUAACCUGUGAUCAGCAGCGUACGAAGCUUUGAUGGAAAUGGUGAAGAACUCUCCACGAGACUGCUUCGUAGCUGUGCAGAAUACCACAAUGGAUAUUUUGGAGCGACUGCAACAGGUGCUGCAGUUGAAAACGCCCAUUCAGAGCCACAGUGACCGAGCGCAGUACAAUAACUUGCAGAGCCUCCUCUGUGCAACUUUGCAGAGUUUGCUGAGAAAGGUAACUGUAGAGGAUAAGCGCCAACACUCAGAUGCUAUCAUGACUACGCUUCUUCAGAUAUUCAAAUCCAAUUGGUGGAAGACAGGCGGUGUCCAGGAAGAUACACUAAAGUUAGUGUCCACACUAGUACAGGCGUUAGGAGAGUUCAUGAAGUACAUGGAAAAGUUUAAACCCUUCCUUUGUCUUGGUCUUAAGAACCAUGCUGAAUAUCAGAUACACAUGUACAUUUGUACCUGUGCUCCAUCUGGCCUUUCAGUUGUUUCACGCAGUCUCUCCACAAUAAACUGAAAGCAUUCUGAUAAGCAGGAAGUUUCUGGCUGUGCCUGAUGCUUAUUUCUUUCUGCCUGCUUAUAACUUGCCUCUGCCAAGCAAUUAAACGUCCAACAUACUUUUUUUGCAACUUUGGCUUCUUCUUUCAGUCCAUCGAAUAGAAUAUGCACAAACUGUUUCAAGUGCAUCGCAUAAAUGGCUACAUAGGUGCUAACCUCACACAUACAACAAAAUGUCCAUGUUGCAGUAUCCCUCACUACAACACUAGUGUCGCACAUAGCCUCCAUCAAUAUUGGCAUUGGAAGAUUUGAGGUUUUCACAGCGUUGAGUAUUAAGAUUUCUGUCUUCUGGGUUGUUACGCUGUGUAGUCUGGUCGAUGUUAACCAACGUUUCAGAGGUCAUACUGCCUCCAUCAUCAGGGCGAUGAGUAUGAAGAUUUCUACAACAGAUUUGUGUAAAUCCCCAGAAUCAAAUUUCAUUCAAUUACAUUCGGAUACUUAGGAAAUAAAGCAUGGGAACAAACAUAAAUUCACCUGCAUUGUGUCAUUCUAUGCAAAGAAUGCAUAGUAAGAAGAAACUACAGCAAGUAUGACCAUGUUAAUUCGAAGAGGAAAAGUAAAGUCCAAAUUCUGAUUAAUGAACUGAUUAACACUCUGAUAUUCUACCAUAUUAAUGUUCUCAACUAACCUGCUUUGUAAGUCUCUGCAAUAAAACAGGAACAACAAA